UUGCGUCGGCCAACCCGCAUCAAGUCUGGGAACAUUCUGAUGCUCAUGGUUCCCAGGAUAGCCAGACCAAGCAAACUUGUAUUUCAACAGGCUUCGCAAAUCGCAGUUCAUCUUGGGUCUUCCUCUUUCACAUCCGCAUACCAGAAAAUGGCAGCCACAACAUCAUCGGCACGAGACCCUGUCGUUGAAGCUCUUCAAGAGUUUACAACAUGUGAUGUAUCGGAUGCGCUCUGCAAGCUCAAGUUCCGCAACGGAGGCUUCCUCUCGGGCAUAACCAUGUGGUCCCCGGAACGUCAAUCUGGAACGACCAAGAUUGUCGGACCGGCGUACACGGUCAAAUACGUGUCUAACAAUGACCCGACCCCGAAGCUUUCGUCUCACUAUAUCGACUCUGUUCCCCCAGGCGCCGUGAUCUUUGUUUCAUGCCCUCCGAGAGUGCCGAAUGCCGUCUACGGCGGACUGAUGUCAACUCGGGCCCAGGCCAGUGGUGCUGUCGGCUCGGUCAUAGAUGGCCGCUUCAGGGAUGUACAGGAACACAGGGAUCUGAACUAUCCGAUCUUUGCGCGCGACACAGGGACCGCGCCGCCCGCCGAGCUGGUCAAGGUUGUUGGCGUCAACGUCCCCGUCAAGCUGGCUGCGGAAGAUCAGGACAUGACGAUCAAUGCGGGCGAUUAUCUGAUCGCGGACCUCAAUGGCGUGGUGGUGUUGCCUAAGGCUCUAGCUGAGCAGGCCUUGCCUCUGAUGAAGAAGCAGGUCGAGGCGGACUCCAAGAUGGCCGAGGAAAUCAAGAAGGGGAUGACAUUUGCGGAGGCGAGCAAGAAGUUUAGAGGUUAG